UCCUUUAUUCUGAAUCUCUCUCACAUGGAGUAGCACAGCCAUAACAGCCAUCUCCUCCUCCCAACAUUUUCUUCUAAGUUUCAAAAGGAUUCAAGUCAACUUUAACUCUCAUCUUCAUUCACAUAGGACGUCUUCUCUUCCCUCAACAAUUUUCAGAUCUGAAUUCCUCAACUCUGAAGCUUGCAAGUUUCACCAGUUAGUUUGCAAUUGACACCGAUGACCAUGAAAGUUUCUCAAAGGUUAUAUGGCAUCUGGCUGCAGAUGAUCGAUUUGACAAGUUAGUUUGUAUAAAGCAUUUUCUGCAGUUCUGUUUGGACCUCUUGUGAUAACUCUUUGGACUGAAAAAAUGCUCCCAGAGUGGAAUCUAUACUAGAUAUCGCAAGUUGGUUCUGGCAAUGAAUAAUCUAAAGUCCUCUUCCAACAACUUUUUGAAUGAGUUCUAUAUUCCUGAUUACAUCCUUGUUCCGGGAGGAAAGUUUGAGGCUCUUAGUUUUGCACCUGUAUGCCCAACAAUAGUAUUUGUGAACUCCAAGAGUGGUGGUCAGUUGGGUGGUGAACUUCUUGUCACAUACCGUUCUGUUCUAAAUGAAAACCAGGUUUUUGAUUUAGGUGAAGAAGCUCCUGAUAAAGUGUUACGCAGACUGUACCUCACUCUAGAAAACCUCAAACUUAAUGGAGAUGCCUUAGCUACUAAGAUAGAGAAGCAGUUACGAAUAAUUGUUGCUGGAGGAGAUGGAACCGCUGGUUGGCUGCUUGGAGUUGUUAGUGAUCUGAAAUUAUCUCAUCCUCCUCCUAUUGCAACUGUGCCAUUAGGAACUGGAAACAAUCUCCCGUUUGCAUUUGGUUGGGGAAAGAAGAAUCCAGGAACAAAUCGUGAAUCUGUUUUGCACUUCUUGGAUCAAGUUAUGAAAGGAAAAGAAAUGGAGAUAGACAGUUGGCACAUUCUUAUGAGGAUGAAAUCCACCCCAAAAGAAGGUUCUUGUGAUCCCAUUGCCCCCCUGGAGUUGCCACAUUCUUUGCAUGCAUUCAAUCGUGUGUCUGAUACAGAUGAACUUAAUGUGUCAGGUUAUGACACAUUUCGUGGAGGAUUCUGGAACUAUUUCAGCAUGGGGAUGGAUGCACAAGUAUCGUAUGCAUUUCAUUGCGAGCGGAAGUUGCAUCCUGAAAAAUUCAAAAAUCAGUUGGCUAAUCAGGGUACAUAUGCAAAGAUUGGCUGUACUCAAGGGUGGUUUGCAGCAUCUCUAUUCCAUCCUUCUUCAAAGAAUAUAGCCCAACUUAUGAASGUUAAGAUUAUGCAAAGGCAUGGCGGGUGGAAAGACCUCAAAGUACAUCAUAGUAUCAGAUCAAUUUUAUGCCUCAACUUGCCUAGUUUCUCUGGGGGAUUAAAUCCAUGGGGAACGCCAAACAAGGACAAAACUCGUGAUAGAAAAUUGACACCUCCAUAUGUAGAUGAUGGGUUUCUUGAGAUUGUUGGUUUCAGAGAUGCAUGGCAUGGUCUGGUUCUACUUGCACCAAAGGGGCAUGGCACCCGUCUUGCACAGACACAGAGAGUGAGAUUCGAAUUCCAUAAGGGUGCAGCUGAGUGCGCAUAUAUGAGGAUGGAUGGAGAGCCUUGGAAACAACCUCUCCCAGUAAAUGAUGACACAACGGUUGUUGAAAUCUCACAUCUUGGACGAGUGAAGAUGCUUGCAACACAGAAUUGCAWAUCGAGGAGUGUUAAUGCUCCCUCCACUCCUCAUCGUCAUGAAGAAGAUAGUGGUGACAGUGAGGACGAAGAGGAUCCUCCUACAGGCGAAGAAUGGAGAAAGUUUGGGGCAGCCGAAACAUUUAAGAUCCCAGAAGAUGUGGACAUCUCUCUUCUCAGUUAGGUAUGUUUCUCGCUACUCAAUCAGGGUACAUGAUUUAGUAUGCCAAACUUCAGCGUGUUAAGAAUUUGUACAUAUACAUACAUACAUGCGUUAUUUAUUCAUUCAAUGCAGCUAAAAGCCCGAGUAGGCGUUGAUGAAACAAGAUUGCGCUUUCAUCCUGAACUAAAACCGAGUAUGCAGUCAUGUCUGUAUUGCAACCUUAUAUAUAACGACCCUUAUUUAUAAUAUCUAUGUUUGCUCUGUGUGUAUAUAUAUCUAGAGGAAAUUGUAGUACGUUGAAAUGAUUGGAAUUCCAGGGUGUUAACGAUGGAGUUGAACCGAGUAGAGCAUGUUGUUUUUCAAAAUGGUGUUCAUGGCUCGAAUAACUUUUUC